AUGACUGUGAGGAACGGUGAUUUCCCGGGUGAUUACUAUCGUAACAAUAUUGACACACACGGUGGUUAUGAUGAAGAGCCUGGCAGCCCUAAUGUUUCCGAGGGUUCAAACUGUUUCAAAAGAAAGUUUACUUGUUCCGAAGAUGAAACAUUUGGUGUCCCGCGAAUGGUUUUACCAUUGUCUGGCUUGUCAUCGUCAGAAAGGAAUAAGUUGAUCCAUAGGCUACGACUGGAGCUGGAACAGAUACGGUCCUAUCAGAAGGAUGUCGAGCUUCCUAGAUCAGAGGCUGUCACUAGUAAUCCUGCAAUGAAUUUGUCUCGAGCCAAGAGUUUUGGAAUGUCACGAUGCUCUACUGGGCCGGGGAAAAAAGUACUUCCCUGUAGCGCAGCUAAACCAGCUCCAGUCACUGCUUCUACAAUGCUUCAAAUGAAGCAAUGUGAGACCCUCCUGAAACGAUUAAUGGCGCAUCAGCACGGUUGGCUCUUUAAAACUCCUGUCGAUGUGGUCAAGCUGAACAUACCUGAUUAUUUCACCAUUAUCAAACAUCCAAUGGAUUUAGGAACUGUAAAGAGCAAGUUAACCGCAGGCACAUAUUCAAGCCCAUCAGAGUUUUCUGCUGAUGUCCGUCUUACUUUCUCCAAUGCAAUGACAUAUAACCCUCCGGGCAAUGAUGUUUAUAUCAUGGCUGAUACGCUCAGCAAGUUUUUUGAAGUGAGGUGGAAAUCGAUUGAUAAGAAGUCACCUGGAACCAAAUCUAAGCCAAGUAAUUCGGGUACCCCUGCUGACAGAGAGAUUGAAAUGCCCGCGUCUUUGGCUAAGAAGAGAAGGAUGAAUGCAGUGGAUCAUGACAGUGCCUUAGAGCCUGCUAAUCGGGUUAUGGCAGAUGAGGAUAGAGUAAAGCUUGGCAGAGAUUUGGGGUCCUUGACAGAAUUCCCGGUACAUAUAAUAAAUUUCCUGAGAGAUCACAGCUCCAAGGUAGGGGGACUUGGAGAUGAUGAGAUAGAGAUUGACAUUAAUGAUCUCAGUCAUGAUGCCUUGUUCCAGCUGCGAGACCUCUUAGAUGAGUUUUCGCGAGAAAAUCAGAAGAAGGAUUCAAACAGUGAACCCUGUGAGUUAGAGCUUUUGCAUGGGUCAGGGCCAGAAAAUUCAUUGGUGCAACAGUGUGAUGGGAGUGAAAUGGAGGAUGAGGAUGUUGACAUCGGUGAUUAUGAGCACCCUAGAUCAAGGAUCUCUCCUGUCAGGACUGAUAAGGGGUCUAGUAGCUCGGAGAGUGUACCAGAUGAUCCUAAAACGCCAAGAUUAACGAGUUCAAAGGGGCCUGAAAGCAUGGAUUCAGAAUCUCCCAUGGAUGGAACAACAACCACUUCCCCAAGGAGAAAACCUUCGGUCGGUGGAUUAGAUCAGCUGGAAGAUGGAUCCAAAGAGAAGCUAAGUUCUGUUGAGGGGACAGAUUGUCAUCAAGAUGGAAAUAGUGCUCCAAAUGAGAAGGAACUACCUCCAGAAAAGCGUUACAGGGCAGCUCUACUGAAAAAUCGAUUUGCAGAUUUAAUCUUAAAGGCUCGAGAGAAAACUCUUAAUCAGAACGAGAAGCGAGACCCAGAGAAAUUGCGUCGUGAGAAGGAAGAACUGGAAUUGCAAAAGAAGAAAGAAAAAGCACGGUUACAAGCAGAAGCCAAAGAGGCUGAAGAAGCUCGUAGAAAAGCAGAGGCACAAGCUGCGGCGGAGGCUAGGAGGAAACUGGAACUUGAAAGAGAAGCAGCUCGCCAGGCAUUGCUUGAGAUGGAGAAGUCGGUUGAAAUAAACGAGAACUCAAGGUUUCUCAAGGACCUAGAACUGCUCAAAACUGUAAGCACGGACCAUUUGACAAGUAAAAGAGAGGAUGAUGAUGGGUUGGGUGUUUUGGGGUUUGGAGGCAGCAAUGCUCUCGAGCAGCUCGGGCUGUUUAUGAAACAGGACGAGGAUGAAGAUGAAGCUGACCCACUGGCUUCUCCAGAAAUUGAAGAGGGUGAAAUCGACUGA